UUUGUAGUUUGUUACAGUACAGGCGACAUUUAUAAACCCUCGGUUACAAUAACAAUCCAAUGCUUCAAAUUAAAAUCCUCCGCACGUCCCUCACCUCAAUCUUUAUUUUGAAACCGGAAAUAGAACCCACCAAGUCAUCCGCAAUUAGCACACGAAGCUAACAAGUCAAGCUCGGGCCGUCGCCGGUGUGCCAAACUCACCAUGACCGAAAUGUGGCGUUCGUUGUGACAACUUGACGCCGAGAUGAUGAACGACAUCUCCGAGGAGCCGGAGAAGGACAGCUUGCUGGAAGCUCCGCCGAAUCCGCACAAUAUUACGGGGAACGGUAGCGGCACACGGCCCAAAAACAGCGAUGGAGGAAUCAGGCCGACGGAGAAGAGAGGACCUUACAUCAUGUCCAGAGUGCCUGCCAUCCACCUCAAGCUACAGAAACACAGGGAGUUCGCCAGGAAGGCUCUGAAGAAGAAGGCUCUGUCACCAGGACCUCCUGUCAUACAUCAGCCCAGACAAGGAGCCAAGAGGAAAGUGAAAUAUAACAAGGGCUACACUGCUUUGAGUCAGCAUGCGGAGGAAACUUUGAUUGCACUGGAUUCAGGCAGCGAUGAUGAGAUUGAUCUGGAGCAGUGCUCCUCAGGCUACUCCUCGGCCGAGAUCCACCCGGACUUAAGCAAGCAGCUGCUUCAGGACGGCUACCGCCUAGACGAGAUCCCCGACGACGAGGACCUGGACCUGAUCCCGCCCAAGGCCAUGGGCUCCUCCGUGUGCUGCUGCGCCGAGGGCCCGUCCUGCUGCACGCAGUGAGGGGACGCUUCUGACUUCAGAGCAGGUUUGGGAUCAAAGUCGCCGGCGCUCGCUGCCUUCAAAGCCGGCAACACUGCUGGAGCCUGAAGCUCUUCCUCCUCUUCUUCUUCUUCUUCUUCUUGAGGAAGAGGCGUGGCAUGACCGCACAGAUGGACAGCAACAAAAUAAGCCUUAUCCACUGUGACUCCAAAGCUAUUUUUCUAUGUUCGCGUUAUUUCUUUUUAUACCUGAGACGUCAACUAUGCUAGCACUCUAAAUAGAAUGGCACGGGGGCGAGAGUUCCCAUGAUGCACUCUGGUGUUCUUUAAGACUCCAUCGCCUGCAACUAUUAACUACAACAACUCGGGAUGGGUACCGAAUUCUGUGCUUUUAUAGGCACCGACCAAAUUCCGUUGGUACUACCGGGUAUCAAUUCACGUAAAAUCAUACGAUGUUAUAUUUCAAUACCUUUGUUACACGUGACGUCACGUCCGGUUGAAAAUGAAACUUCGGCUCCCAUAAAGAGUCAAGCAGUAAUGUUGCAAUUUUCACCACCAAACAAAGCAAGUAUGCUUGGUAGAAAACGCUCUAACCUGAAGUAAGGCCCCACUCUUCUUUUUGGAUGCUAAUUGGUUUUGCCAUAGACGGGCUACUAUUAGUAUUAGCGACUUUACAUGGCAAUUUCAACACUUCCAAAUGUGAUAAUGAAAAGUACAACUAAGAUGAAUGUUACAGUCAAACAACUGGUGUGUAAUAAGCACAAUACUUACAGCAUAAACACCUUGUAGGGCGCAACAUGACACAUUCGGCUUCCUGGAAAAAGCUACUUCCUAGUUCAGGGGUCGGCAACCUUUACCAGUCAAAGAGCCAUUUUGACCAGUUUCACAAAUGAAAGAAAACAAUGGGAGCCACAAAAAUCUUUUGAAAUUUAAAAUGAAAUAACACUGCAUACACAGUUUUUUUUCUUGAUGUGUGCUAUGUAUAAAUCAAGGGUCUCAGACACGCGGCCCACACCUUAAUAUGAAAAUUGAAUAUUAGUGCGGCCCGUGGGUUUUACAUGAUUGGCGCUUGACAGCGUCAUACUUGUCAAACUUCCAGAUUUUUCCGGCAGACUACGAAAUUCAAGGCAACUUUUCUUUCGAACAUGCCGUGAUGGUACAGCAUUUAGCGCCUACUACAACCAGCGUACCGGCCCGGCCCAGCCGGGUUUCAACUUGCUCACGUUAGUGACAACAAGGCAUACUUGCUCAACAACCACACAGGUUACACUGACGGUGGCGGUAUAAAAAACUUUAACACUCUUACUAAUAAUGCGCCACACUGUGAACCCACACCAAACAAGAAUGACAAACACAUUUUGGGAGAACAU